CAACAACACACUCCGACCGCUCGCCCGCUGUCCGUGCCUGACAUCGCCAACGACCACUGCACGACCGGGCCCGUUGCUCAUCAUGUCCUCGUUUGCGACCUCGUUUUGGUCCGCCGACUACGCUGGAGGUCGGAUUUGAGCGCACGCUCUCUGCUACAAAUCGCUAAUCUGAGCACAGGAUUGGGCGUAUUGUUCGCGAAACUUCAGCAGGGUGUGCAGGAGAAUGAGCAGCUUCUUACCGUAGCGCGAAUGCGCGCUGAAGCUGAGGAUAUAUACGGACAACGGCUGGCGGACAUCGAGAGCGCAACAAGCCGUAUCGACGGAGGCUUCCAGAGGGAUGAUGGCGCCAGUGUCAAGAAGGCAUACGAGGGCGUGCGGGCGGAAAUGAGUGAAGAAGCGAAGAAUCACAAAAAGAUCGCCUCAAAUAUCCGAGAACUCGUGGUCAACCCUUUCAGCCGGUGGUGCGACCAGCAUGCUGCGCGUGUGCAGAAUAGCCAGGACGAUUUGCAAGGUCGCAUCAAAGCACACGAUCGACAGGCGGAGACAGUGCGACAAUAUCGGAGCCAGUAUUACAACAAAUGCCGGAGAGUGGAGGAUUUGGACGAGGAGGAGAAGCUGGCAUUUCAGGAUCCACAAUCGGCGGCUGCCACGAACUCACCGAAGGCGACGAGCGUCACGAGUGUGCCCAGUAUCAAGAUCGCAGAAGAAGAGCCGGAGCCGGAGCCAAUCGACAUAGGGGACGUAACCUACCAGCCCGAGCAGGUCAAGAAGAUCUUGACACAUGCAUUGGAGACCAUUCCGCUGGGCGAGACGAAGGUCCCCAUCCUGGGCACAUAUCAGAACACGAGCUCUGGUGCGGACAUUACGGAGUAUGUGCAGAGCCACCUGGGCGCAAACAGCGUCGCGUACGCUGAGCGUAUAGGUCAGGAUCUGUGCGAUCAUGGCUUUUUACGUCUAGUAGGAAAUGUGGGCAACAGUUUUGCAAACAGCAGCAAGAUGAAGUAUCAGUGGAAGACGAAGGUCUUUCAACUGACAGGCAUGCCAGAGAAGAGAAGUCCGCUCCACCGUUCUUCGACAAUGAUGUCCUCCAGCUCCGACUCCGUGCCAGGUAGUCCUGUCAUUGGCGACAAGGUCAGCGAAUAUCUCGGUGGCUGGAAUCCACUGAACAACGCACAUCCAAACGAGACACCGGCCGACAGACUGCGCAGAGAGGCACGAGAAGCUGAUGAGCGGUACAAGGCGGCGGUCAAGAAGCUCGACGGUCUCCGCUGCAGCCUCGAGGUUGCCAUGGUAGAUCACAUGAAAUUCAUGGAGCGCUGCGAGCUGGAUCGACUGAAAGCCAUCAAGAGCGUCAUCCUGGACUUUAGCGGCGCCGUCAGUAACGUCAUACCCUCGCUGCAGUCUAGUGUGGACAAUAUGAUGUUGUUCCAGGAGACCGUUCAGCCAUUGGCCGAUCUGCGGUACUUGCUCGAGAACUACCGUACUGGAAACUUCGUGCCCAAAGUGACGAUAUACGAGAAUUACUACAACAAAGUCGAAGAGCAGACCUUCGGUGUGGACAUUGAGCUGCGCGCGCGGGCGGAUAAGAAGCGCGUUCCACUGCUGGUUACGUCGAUUCUAACAUUUCUGGACUCGCAUUAUCCCGAUCUUGAAGGUGACGAGGCACGUCGGAGCAUUUGGCUGGUGGAAGUUCCCCUCGCUGCGACCCACCACCUGCGCAAUCAAGUCAACACAGGCGGGCCUGUGUCUCAGGCUACCUUGGAGAAAUACGAAGUGCCGAUAGUCGCUGCCGUCCUGAAGUUGUACCUGCUCGAGCUCCCUGAUAGCCUGGUGAGCUCGCACGUCUACGAGAUUAUCAAGACCAUCUACGCCUCCACGGCACAAUCAACGUCGGAAGCCGCGCGCAUUCAAGUCAUACAGUCGACUUUGGGUCAGCUUCGUCUAGCGAAUAUUGCCACACUGGAUGCUAUCAUCACGCACUUCACUCGUUUGGUGGAGCUGACGAGUGCCGAUGAAGAGUACGUGUCGAAGCUGGCUGCUGUGUUGGCACCAUGUAUUAUGCGGCCUAAGCAGGAAACUGGUCUCAGCAUGAAUGAGAGGUACAACGCUCGCCUGAUUAAAGAUCUGCUCGCGCACAAAGACGCAAUAUUUGGAGAGUUAAAACGGCAGUCGAGUUUAACUCACACGGCGUCUGGCACGCGGCAGACGAGAGCGAUUUCCACCGACGAAUCUAAGCGUAAAGAAGCCAUGGAAGAGCGGCACCGAGCCAUCGCGGCAGCCCAACACACGAAUGCCUCCAGUGGGCCUAGAAGCAGAGCGACGAGCCCAGCGCCGGCAGCUGACACGCGAGUCCCGCUACCCGGUCACCGCCGUGAUCGUAGUCGUGGACCAGAAACGAGAUUCCCGGUUAGCACUACUGCGGCGCAGAAUGCCCGCGUAAUGUCGCCAACUGCGGAUCGUUCUAGCACGUCCUCUGGAGGCCAUAGAGAUAGCCUGAGUGUGCCACCGCAGAGCCCUCCCUCCGCCCGCACGCAUGAUUCUGCGCUCAACGGGUUCCACAAACCACCACCAGCAGAGAGCCAGCCUGGCAGAGAGCGAAGUGGCACCGAAACCACACAACGCAGUUCUGCGCAGGUCUCUGCCUCGAUCACCUCAGCCAGUGACUUCAUGAGCCCUGGUCACUUCUAUUCCGGCAGCAGCGAGAGCACACCUGCAGGAGCAGCAGAGACAUCAACAACUCGCGACUCUGUCGCCAGCAACAUUAGCGUCAAGGCGCCGGCUUCCAAAUACAAUCUUGCCGAAGAGCAAUCGCCUGUGGCGAUGACACCAGAUGCCGAGACACCGACGAAGAGGGACAGUCUUUCUCGCGCCCGAGGCGUGGCUGGGCGACGCGGCACUGGCGGCCUGCGACGCCAGUCGCUCGCGAACGCCAGCAAGACUGAAAACGGUGAAGGCAGUGACGUCGCCCCUAGUGCAGAAUCACCUGAGACGAAGGGCGUACAACUAGAAGACAAACCCAUGGACUUCGACUAGGAGUGGAAUCCCGAUGGCGUGUCUUCUGGAGCGUGAAUCCACCUGUUUUCUGGAGCGUUAAGCGUGGUGUAGGUUUCAGCAGAUAUGACUCUAUGUAGAUAGCAUCGACGAAUUAGACGCAUGCGACGCCAGUGCCACGAUAUGGUAUACAUCUGCACUCCCACCAUUUGUUGAACAGACGAAACUUGGACCACUUGGAUGUGAACUGAAUCCGAUG